AUGAAUCAAGAAAAUGCAUUAGAGAGGGUGGUGGUAACAAGAGUUUUUUCAAUAGUGACUGAAUAUUUAAACAGAGGUAGUUUAUGCAGACUUUUGCAUAAAAGUGGAGCAAGGGAGCAAUUAGAUGAGAGACGUCGCCUGAGUAUGGCAUAUGAUGUGGCUAAAGGAAUGAAUUAUCUGCACAAUCGCAAUCCGCCUAUUGUGCAUAUGAAAUCUCCAAAUUUGUUGGUCGACAAAAAAUAUACAGUCAAGGUUUGUGAUUUUGGUCUCUCACGAUUAAAGGCGAGCACGUUCCUUUCAUCAAAGUCAGCAGCUGGAACUCCUGAGUGGAUGGCACCAGAAGUCCUGCAAGAUGAGCCAUUUAAUGAAAAGUCAGAUGUGUACAGUUUCGGGGUCAUCCUGUGGGAGCUUGCUACAUUGCAACAACCAUGGGGUAAUUUGCAUUUGAAACUUGUUGUAACUGCGGUUGGAUUCAAGUGUAAACGGCUUGAGAUCCUGCGGAAUCUGAAUCCUCAGGUAGCAGCCAUAAUCGAGGGUUGUUGGACCAAUGAGCCAUGGAAGCGUUCAUCAUUUGCAACAAUAAUGGAGUUGCUAAGACCAUUGAUCAAAUCAGCGGUUCCUCCGCCGAACCGCUCGGAUUUGUAA